ACUGCAUCGGCGCCGUCGCUGUGAAAGCACGCGGUGGAUUCGUCAUCAACCGUGGACAAAGUGUAAGUGGUUUCACCGGACGCUAUAAUGCUUUUCUACUCGUUCUUCAAGUCACUAGUGGGAAAGGACGUGGUGGUGGAGCUCAAAAAUGACUUGAGCAUAUGUGGAACACUUCACUCUGUUGACCAGUACCUGAACAUCAAGCUCACAGAUAUCAGUGUCACAGAUCCAGAAAAGUACCCACAUAUGUUGUCGGUGAAGAACUGUUUCAUCAGGGGCUCGGUGGUCCGGUACGUCCAGCUGCCUGCUGAUGAGGUGGACACUCAGUUACUGCAAGACGCUGCGCGCAAAGAAGCCAUGCAACAGAAGCAGUGACUCACCUGUGUGGGUUUCGGGGUGGGGGUAUUAAAUAUCGAGCAAUGGAAGUUUUGAGUUCAUUCGAGGAUAAUGAGUAUUGAUGCAAGUGCAGGAUUGGUCAGAAGUUCUUGAUCUUUUAUAGAGAAUUGCAUUCCGGACACGCAGAAUGACAAAGAUUGACGCUGAAUAAUUACUUUAUCCUGCACACGCUUAAUUUGAUUUGUUUGUCUUUGAAAAAAAAAAAAUCUGUGGAAAUGUCAGAUGCCAGAAGAGGAAGUUUCUUUACCGUCAACAUUUGUGACUAAGGUUUUUUUCUUUUUUAAUAAAAGCUAUUUUAUUUAAA